GCUACAAUAAAUGUUAUAAAUGAAAUGAUGACUUACAAGUGAUUAAACUCCCAGAGAAGCUAAGUUUGAAAGUAAAUGUUAAAUGAGGGCAAUGACUUGUGGUGCUGCACCAAGGAAGAAGUAUGUCCCAGCACUACCAGUGCAAUGCUUUUCUAUUAAUGAGCUUUGGAAGCAAGGUCCUUUAUACACAAAACAUUGCAUAAAAAUAAUAUUGCUCAUUGUCAUCACCUUUAAUCAGAGUCGACAUAAUUACUAGGACUAUUUCUCUUCUAAUUAGCACACUUCAGCAUUGUCAGAGCAAGCGGUCAGGCAAAAAGAGAAGCAGACAGGCAUGCCCAAUGGGUAACAAAAAGAAGUUUGUCGGCCAUAAUUAGGUAAGACAACGCCUCUGACUGUUCUCGGCUGGAGAUGUCGCUCGGUCUCUGACCACUCGCUGCCAACAAGUUACACUUCUUCCCGGGCCUCUAAUAAGCCCCCCAUACGCUCCCCAAACGUCUUUCCAAUGCACAAGGACAGAGGCCGUCUCUGCUUCGGUGACUUCACCUCCCACACCGACCCGGGUCACCCAUCUGAACAACAUGGAUCAUUUGUACAAUUUAGCUGGCCAGAAGAGAUGCUGUGGAGCAGGCCAAGGGGGUCCAAAGUAUAGGCUCUUUUAUAGCCUGUAGUAUAAUUCUGGAAUAGCUUGUUUUAUAGUAUGUUAUGUGUAAGUCUAUUUUAGAUCUUAGGACGAGGGUGCUGGAAUAGUUUAUUUUAUCUUGCAUGAGUUUUUUUUUUUUAAAUCCUAUAUUUGUGACCGGCUGCCUUCUACCCUAAACAGGAUACUGUCCAAUUUGUUUGUUUUGUCCAAUUGUCCCAGGAGAGAGUUGGUAUAAGCAAGUUGAUUUCAUACUUGUCCUUCGUCCUCUAAAAAUAAAUUCCUUUAUUUCUUUAUCCAGAUCCACACCAACAUUUUACUGACCCAUACUCAGCCCAUGUGCUACCCCUCUGCACAAAAAAGUACAAAAUCAUUUUAUACCAGACUUUGUAAUCCUAUAAAUGUGUGUGUCGUACUGAUUUGUUUUACUGGUUGACUGUGUCAAAGUGACUGCUGUGAAAAAGGUCAUUAAAACAAUGGUGGUGACCUAAGGCCUAUGCACUGUACUGUACACGUACUGUUCAGGUUAUACUCUGGGAAGGUCCACUUAUUCUAGGUUGACAGCUUGUGUAUAUUGAGGAGUGCAUAUUGCAAUGAAUACCAUAGGUGUGUGUACUGAAUCAAAUGGACUAUCCCACUUUAGCCCUUUAGUACAGUCUUGAGGGGCCAGUGCUGUGGGAAGCCUUGGACUUUUUGAUUUUUAUUUUUUUUUUAAAGCAUCUGCAUUUUUUUAGCAGCCAGGUUUAAAUUGAUGUUUAUAUUUAUUUUUAACAUUUUCCAAACUCAACCUGAUCACUCUAAGUCAUACAUGAAAUAGUCCACAGAGCCAAACUAAACCUUUUUUGCACAAUUUAGUAAAUUUGCUCUAAUAUCCAGUUACCAAUUGAUCUUGUCACUUGGCCUCAGACACUUUGAGGCUGACGGUUCAACAUCUAUCACUGGUUGUAGUGUUGACUUGGUAACCAAACGGACAUCAUCAAUAUGGUGCCUGCCUGUCACCACAUGUUUGGUCUCAAGAAAGUGGGGUCACUGUCUGCAGAUUUGCCCUUCCACACGGAGGGAGACAGACUUAUGUGAGGCGGAGGGGGUUGGUUCAUGACAUGACCUUGCAUACCCUCUGAGCCCCAACAAAUGUCAAUCCAAUGUGCCCCUGGUCCUUAAAUUAGCCGUCAAUUACUGCAAAUUAAUCAAGUACUCGCCUAAUUAAGCAAUGUCUACGGGCAGUUAUACCAAACAUGCCAUUAACUGUGGUAGGGUGAGGAGAAAGCAGUAGGGCUUGCAAAAACUUUUUUUUCAUCAAGAGGGAAGCAGUGGACUCCUGUGGUUCCUGACUCCUCCACAUGUGCUGUCAUCAGGUUGCUAACCACUGCAUGCAUUACUAAGCACAUCAUAUCCUUGCUGUUCAGACUUCUUAAUUUUUGUGCAAUAUUAUGAAGUAGCUGGAUGAACACAAAAAUCUCCAGAACAGCUGUCCACUUUUUAAUCUGCAUGCUCUUCGAUGGCCAUCACUAUGUACACGAACUAAAUCUUCCCCUAAUCUGGAGCCUUAUUAUGCAGCGUCUCCUCUGCAUGCAAAUCAGGAUGCUGCCAUGCUCACGCAGGAUUAUUAAAAAGCCAUACAGAGCAGAGAGAAGUGUUGCUCUAUCAACAAGCAGGAAGCUUCUAUAGAUUCUACUCAUGGAGGGAGAAAGGGAGGGCCUAAAUUGCCGACAACUGACAGGCCAUUCAGACCCCCCCCCGCCCCCCCAUGUUAAUGAAUGGCUUGAUCCCAACAGGCUGAUGUGUCAUUAGCAUAUCCUAAUAACAUUGAUUUCUUCAUUAAUAGAAUUUCCACUAAAUAGGCCCUAAUUACUUUCAACAGGCCAAGCACUAAUUGGAGCUGCAAUAUGUUCCUGCGACUCAGUGGCUCGUUUCCAAGAUGUUUGAUGUGAAUUAGAACUUUUCAAGUGGAUCAGUGGACGUGCUUCUUCAACUUCAUGCUGUCAUUCUAUUCCGUGUUACUUGUACUAGUUGUAUCCUCUUUAGGUGUGAGACGUUGCGAUACAUGCAAAGGAUGCCAUGACAUGCUGGAGCAAGUGAGGUCAGUGUGAAGAAAUGUACCCUUAAACCAUAUCAUGCACGCAAAUGUGCUGUUAAUUCUCAAGCUGCCGCAAAACACAUUUUAAGACUUUAACGUUCAACAUUUUUUGUGAUAGCAUUACAUUUUUUUUACAUUACAGUGUGUCCCCUAAUGCUCUAUUAUUAUAUUAUGACGUGUUAACUUUAUUAAUAUAAAAUAAAGUAAAAAAUAAAAUAAAAAAAACAGAUGUGGACCACAAAUAGCUUGCAGAGCCAGACUUUGGACAUCCUUGGCCUUCCAGGUAAGGUAUUUUUAUGAAUUUGACUGUUUUGGUUGUUUUCUAUGGUUGGGGUAUGCAAAAAUUACAUCACUAAUUUUCCACCAAAGUGUUGGUAUGGUAGGGCCGCGGGCCAAUGACAAAAUAUAAAAUGUUUUUUUCUUUGUUUUUCCUUUGUUUGUGUAACAUUGAGAGGCAUGAAUACCAGCCUUGAAUAUUCAACGAAAAGGUGUGUAUUACUAUUCCUUUCAGUACAUUUCCCACUGCUAAUUAUUAUUAAUUAUAAUGUUUCAUUAUAUUGUAUACCUAUUUUUGUAAUUAUUAUUUUUGUUUGCAUUCCAGAUGAUGACUUGGCCUCUUUUGUGCACUCGGUGUUUAUCAUUUCCUCUCGUGGAGGGCUCCCAUGCUCUUUAAUCUGUUGCUGUGGGAUUAACACGGUGCACGUCCCACGCCGCAGCACACACCAUGCAUGACUCCACUUCGCCCACCUGUCCUAUUUUGUGGAGUGCCUUUGAUUUGACGACUUUUCCCCGCAUGUGCAUUCGGAGAUCGCUUAUGCGUCAAUGAGCUCAGAUUGUAAACAGUUUAAAGGAAUCCUGAAUCCUCGCUGCUCAUUGGCUGCUGGGCCCUGCCUCUUGCUGGGAUGAACCUGUUGGAUAAAGGGACCAUUUGCUAAAGACGCCCAUGCACUUGUGCACACCAUGCACUGGGGACCAGCCUGUUAGAACCCACUCAAACCUUCCCGAAGCCAACUCACCAUGACGGGCAAACAAGGCACGGUGCUGUCGGAAAGUUUGAACCCCGCGGAGAGAAGAAGUCCUCUGGGAUCGAAUGUAGGGAAUAACACCAUCAUCAACCACCAGCAGCAGGCCAAAAACACCACCACCCAUCCUCCCAGCAGGUGCACGGGCUUCGGCAUCCAGGAGAUCUUGGGGCUCAACAAGGAGCCGUCUGCGGCGCCGAGGACCACCUUAAGCUCGUUGCCGGCCGGGGCGCAUCUCAUCGCCGCUAGGUCCAUGCUGGGCCCCGCUGGCCUGGGUGUCGGGAUGGGAUUAAUCGGCCCCGGUGGAAUUCCAGCGUUUUACCGCCAGCCUGCUUUUUUGGAGCGUGUGCUGGACCCGCAAGAUGUUCACCUGCAGCCGCCCAACACCACCUCCUCUGGACGGCUUGACACCAACGAAUCUGCAAGCUCCGACUCUGAGGAUUUGUCUUCCAAUGAAAGAAAACUGUCCAAGUCUUCCAUAAGUCAAAGCAAGAAACGCAAGAAAAGACGUCACAGAACCAUAUUCACGUCUUAUCAGCUGGAGGAGCUGGAGAAGGCCUUUAACGAGGCCCAUUAUCCAGAUGUGUAUGCAAGAGAGAUGUUGGCCAUGAAAACAGAAUUACCUGAAGACAGAAUACAGGUGUGGUUCCAGAACCGUAGGGCCAAGUGGAGGAAGAGGGAGAAGUGCUGGGGUCGCAGCACCGUCAUGGCAGAGUACGGCCUCUAUGGCGCCAUGGUGCGACAUUCCAUCCCUCUGCCUGAUUCUAUCCUCAAGUCAGCCAAGGACGGAAUCAUGGAGUCCUGCGCUCCCUGGUUGCUCGUUCAAGAUGGCUUACCAGUCAGCAGACGCUAUUCUAAAUCUGAAUACCCGCAACUCUUUGCAGGGAUGCACAAGAAGUCCAUGGAGGCUCCCGCGCCCCAUGAACCACCCAUAGCCGCCAAGUGCGACGAGCCCCCGCGCCCGAGAUCUGCGAGACCUGACGACUCUGAGGCGGCGGAGCGGAGGUCAAAUGGCAAGUCGUCCAUUUCUAAAGAGGAACUGAGAGAGAACAGCAUCGCAGCCCUCAGGGCCAAAGCGCAGGAGCACAGUGCCAAAGUGCUGGGAACGGUUUGUCAUGAUAGCACAUUGGAGGAGGAGCAGCUGGACAAGACGAGUGCUCCUCUGAGUCCUGCAGAAGAGACACAUAGCCCGUAAAGACUGACGCAGUGGACUGCAUUGAACUCAACGCUCAUUGCUCUGCUUCUGGAUUGUGGAGAAGAUGGGCUGCAAAUGCACUUUUCCUUCCCUGAUCUACUUCCACAACUUCCAGCUUAAAGAUGAUGGUUCUAUCAGCAGAGCCCGUGUUCCGCCACAAUCAGGAUCAGGAGCUUUUCUUCCGCAUCCGUGUUCAUUUGCUGAAUGGCGCCAUUUUUAAGGAACGUAACUGUUGUCCUGUGUUACGCUGUAUAUUCUCAAAGACACAUUUUGACCACCUGUUUGACUUUACACCGUGUAACUCACAAAGCAUCACAUGGAAAUCACCUUUUAUUAUUAAAUGUGACUUUCUGGUGUCCAUCAUUCAAGUAAACAAUGUCCCUUCUCUCAUCUUGCAGAAGAUGCUUUUUGAUGCUCUGAUGGCUCGCCUCAUUAGGAGACCGUCUCCUCCUCCCUCCCACCCCCUGGUUGCAUGCCUGGGUUAGCUCUGAUAAUCCGUCGCAGUUGAGAGCCUUCAAUUUGAGAUUAAAUUAGAGGGAGAGAGAGGGACCAAAAGAGUGAAAGCAGCCACAACAAGCAGAGGAUGCCUGAUUUUACAUGACUUUAACAGGCUGAUCUCUUAUCUCG